AGGGAAAAGGAAUCAAACGUCCAGUAGAGGAUGAUUAUACAUAUGCUGCAGCUGAAAAAAAAGCAAAACUUGUUGAAAAUAUGAAGGUACCACCUUCAGGCUUUUGUAGAUCGCGUAAAUGGGAAGAGGUUGUUCCUGUGAUUUUCAAUCAUCGGCCUCAUGAUGCUGAUAUUCCUAUCACUCUAUAUCAUCAAGCAUUUGCACAUUUUCAGGAGUACUGUACCAAUAUUCAUAUCUCAAUGGAUGAUU